GUGCGCGUGGUAGCGAGACCAUCAGCUCGUGCUUCGACUGAACUGAACCAUUUCGCAACAACUACUAUUCGUCUGUUCAACGUUUCAAGGGACGAUGUCUACACCCGGACUGUCCUUGACAACGCCGCCCGGCCGGUGCCGGCUGGAUGAGCCGUACUACAAUGACCUCAGCCCUGUCUUUCCCUCCAUCCUGGACGGCAUUUUCCGCUCCCCAUUCUGCAUGAUAGCCCAGUACCUGAGCGAAAAGUCGAAGGGCCUGUUAACCUUCUUAUACAUAUGGACAGCGGGCUUGGACGGAACUGUAAGCCAGCUGGCGGGCGCGAUGUGGCAGAUGUACCAGGCCUUUCCCCGUAUAUUUCACGCGUCUAUCCUGGUCCAGUGCAUGUGCAUCUUGCCCACCGUCUUCAACAGGCUGUACAAGAGUCUCGCAAAACAGAACGACGCACCGCCGUCGAUGCGUAGACUUUCGCGUGUGGGCAGGGACAGCACCAUUGCUGCCGCUGCCUGCGACAAUGCGCAUCUCGUGAUCGUCAGCGCUAUCUGGCUCGUGAUCCUUGGAUUUAUGGGAAUAUCCCUCUUGCUCUGCUUCAUUGCCAACAGCGUCAUGGCAACAUCAGUGGCCGACCUGCAGGAGGUCUAUAACAACUCGGAACACCAGUAUCAAUCAUAUCGUCACGACAUCGAACAAGUAAUCGUCAUUUUACUCCCGGUACACCAGCGUAUAUACCGAGGUGCAGCGAGCACUGCCACAGUCCAGAACUUGUGUUGGAAAUUUCCUGAAACUUAUCCUGCUCUUUCGCAGACGACGCGAUGUGCCGCCCAGGAACGUGCCAAACUCGUGGUGUCGUCUUUAGAUUCCGUUUAUAACAGUUGCAUGGCUGCUAUCGAGGCUGACUUGCAAGAUCCCGACGUUGCGCAAUUGAAUACUGCAGUGUUGUCAAGAUUCUUCAAUGUGCUGCCAGACGUGUACAACGCUACUGCAGAAUUGCACCUGCGUGCAACAAUACUCAACGCUGAGGGCCAAUACUCCCAGGAACUGGUAGCUGAUAUUUUGUCACGCAUGAGCGUCUUAAACGACCACUGUGACGACGCUGGCGCUGCGCAGGCCUUCUGCAACGAUCUACGAAUGAGCGUUCUCGAUUUCGGAAACAUCACUUUCAACAUCGGGGUACCAGAUGUCCUGGAUCAUUACGACAUGGUCCUUAAAGAGCAUUUGUUGCAAGGAAGUCAUGUGCUUCUGUUGAAGGAAAUUUCGAAUUUUCGAGCGAUGCGGCGAGACCCCGGACUUUUCUUCGGCGUCGCAAUAUCAGGCGCAGCUAUAACCCCUGCAGCCCUGGAGACCGAAGGGGAUUACCUGUAUCAUCACCUGCACGCAUCCAUUCUACUGGGCGAUGCACUCUUCUUUUUCUCCUGGGUGUCCGGUUUGCUAUCCAACAUGUACGGCCCUCUAACAGCUGUUGUGACAUACAUUCACAUGAUGGCCCUCGUCCAACUCACGGGCAUGACAAUCUGUUGGGUGUUGGCUUCCGCAAGCGCCCUAAUGGGCUUAUUUGGAACGAACGAGCCCAGUACUGUGGACAAACGCCAUGCUGCCACCCUCAUGCACAUCUCCAUCUUUAUUCACGAGGUUCUGGAAUUCCAGAUAUUCUUCAUAUGCGCGUCCUUCCUCUUCGCCGGCGUAAUAGGGGAGCGUGCGCUGUGCGACUCGCUUCGAUAUCCUCACGACGAAGGGCCCAUGACCUUCUUGCGCGAUGUUGAGCAAGUCAGGGCGGAAUACAGUUGGGCCACCCAAUUACCCGACAUCCUAGACAGGUGUAACAGAAGACUUCCAAUGUUCGAGGUGCUGAAUGGUCAACGCGGGGAGAUACCCGCCGGUCAUGCGACCGCAGACACCGUAUCAAAGAUCGUCGCCAGUCUGCAGAGUUUCAGGUAUCCCACAACAUCCGGAUUAUUCGCAGGCGUCGUUUCGGGGCUCCUCAGCAGGAGGAUUAUCACCCUGUUCAAUGAAACCCUCAAUCUACCUCUCGACGAGCUGGAAAAGCAGGAGAACGAAUCGCUUGAGACACUGGCUGCAGACCGCGCAGUUAAACUGCGUAGCCUUUCUGCUUCCCUAUCCCAGUACGCGCAGAGACUGCCUAACCCCUCCAACCAGAGUCAGCAAGUACAGCAGGACAGCUUCAGGAGCUUGUCAGAAGGUGCACUGAUGGCUGCAAGUGUCAUGGACGCACUAAAAGCGGCUGCGGUGGCGUUCAAUGCACAGGCUGGCGAGAUUGUGAGUCUAGGCGCAGCGAGCGCUAUGGGUGUUGCGAAGCAACAGUUCAGUAUCGCAGCAUCGCUCCAAGAGAGAUUAUCGGUUUCGAAGUCUACGUUGUGCCUGCGAGGUGCAGGCGCAAAGGUGAUGGAGCAGAUAGGCGAGAGCAUGCGUUACACGCUGGAGCAUGAGACCGGGAAGUGUGCUUUCCUCGGCUACACGUACAAUCUGACCGUCCACGUGCUCUGCGAACAGAUUAUCCUUCCUGUGAAUUACUACUGGGUUGGAAUGCUCACCUUCUGUAUCGGCUUCAUGAUCUCCAUGGCCAUUGGCUUCGAGCUGAACAACGUUUACUCUCGCUUGGUCAAGCCUGCGCUCGUGGCUGAGCCGUAAUCAGUGUGCGAAUCUACAUGGACGGGAAAUUUCGAUCGCCCGAUAAUGAUUUUAGAAACUGUCACUGCAUUGAAACAUAACUACAUAACCUAUGAAGCCUUUUUUCGAUACUAAUACAAGGAGCUUCGUACGCUAUUGGCAACUAGUAAGGCUCGGCCUGCUUGAUCCGCGGAAUAUCCGCAAUAAUCAUCAAUAAAAGAUUUCCAAACUCUGC